AUGCAAUAUCCCCUGUUGGAGGGCCCCUCAAAAGAGGGAGUGUUCACAAUUCAUCUCGGCGCGUCUGAAAACCGACUGGAUUUCAACUUCAUUGGAAAAAUGCAUGAACACUUGGAUAAAAUAGUUCUCAGUCGGCUUCUUACAUUUCCAGUGCCACUGGUUGCGGCUAUCAACGGUCACGCAUUUGCAGGCGGCGCUAUGAUUGCCUUGGCCUGCGACUUCCGCAUAAUGAGCGAAUGCCGCGGGUAUUUGUGCAUCAAUGAAGUGGAUAUUGGCUUGCCCUUGACCCCAGGAAUGUGCGCUCUAAUAAAGAGUAAAUUAGACCGCAGCCUCUGGACUCCGACAAUAUUAGGUGCGAGGCGGUGGGGUGGAGCGGAAAGCUACAAAAAUAGAAUAGUAGAUGCGGUCUGUGAACAAGGGGAAGUUCUGAAGAGGGCCCAAGCGCUCGCCGCCAGCUGCUCCUUUAGAGGAGCCACCAAGUUGCUUUACAGAAGUCUUAAAGAAGAAAUGUUUGCAGCAGAGGUUGAGCUAUUAACUGCUGGAGUCGGGCAGGCAAUGCAAACAGCAGUGCAGUUCGAGGUCCCCUCAAAGAUCUCAAAUCAAAUAAAGCAGCAGCAACAGCAGCAGGAACAACAACAGCAGCAGCAGCAGCAUCAGCAGCAACAGCAGCAGGAACAACAACAGCAGCAGCAGCAGCAUCAGCAGCAACAGCAGCAACAGCAACAGCAGCAGCAGCAUAUAAAUCGAUAUGCGAAAGAGGAAUUUAAACACAAGACAAAUUGA